AGAAGUGAAUGUAACAUGAAAGAAGUUGUGAAGAAGAAAAUAUUAAGCCGAUCUUCUAAGGGCACAUUUAAAAAAAUGAACUUACAACGGACAUAUACAUUAUCAUCUGUGGGGAUCCUAUUUCAUAUCACAGGUACUUCUGCUGAAGUGACAGGAAUAACAGAUCCCAAACUUUGCUACAUUCUGGAUGGGGUGCUUUUGCUCUAUGGAAUUAUCAUUACUGCACUGUUAAUCAAAAUGAAGAUAAGUAAGACGAAGGAGGAUCCUGCUAAAGAUGGCUUGUAUGCAGAUUUGGAUAGAAACAGAGUGGAAGUGUAUGAUGAACCUGGCCGUCCACGUAAUCGUGAUCUGGAGGCAGGUGGUGGGAAGAAACAGAGAGGCAAAAGUGGUGACACGCUGUACACGUCGUUGAAAAAGGACCGUCCUGUUGAUGCCUACAGUGAGAUUGGACUACAGAAACAAAAUCAGGAGCAGAGACGCAGAGGAAAAGGUGGAACAGAUCAAGUGUACCAGGGACUGAGUGCAGCAACCAAGGCCAAGGAUACAUACGACGCCUUGCAGAUGCAGCCAUUGCCACCACGCUAAGAGAGGCUCACCGAGGACAGCAGCUGAUGGAGGGCUGAUGUGAUAAACACAAUGCUUGGCUGAAUGGUAUUCUGGGGUUACUUAGAAAAGUUUCUUUAACACACAUCUUAGAAGAAUUGGUUAAAUGAAAAUUUGUCUACUUUUACCUAAAAUAAAUGUUUUCAGUUAUUUCUACCUUAAGAGGUACAGUCCCUCUUGCAACUUCUUCUUUUCUGAUUGUCUUUUAAAAGACAUGCCUUUCUUUAUAGCGGCUUCUGAAAAUGAAAAAAAAUGUUGUCAGGGAGUCUGGAAUAUUUGUUUUUUUCCUGAAUAAAUUAAUUAAACCACAAACUUAAAACAGCUAGAUUAGAAAAUUAGGAUUUGUAUAAUUGAAAAUAAAAAUAUAUUUUAAAAAGUGGUUUUAAUAUGCAUAGUAUAAUAAAUAGAUCCAUUAGUGUGCAUAUUUUACAUAUAUUCACAAAUGUAUUGCUAUGUACAUUAUGGGGCCUUAGCCUUGCUUUAUAUUUAUGGUAUAUUACAUGAAUAUGAAUAGGCAUGUGCAGUACAUGCAUAUGAUAUCUAUACAGAGGUACAAUAUUGACAAUUAUACUGUAUACACACAGUUAUUUUUUUAUACAUUUCUAUAUGAGUGAAGACCCCCAUCCCUCUCCGUUUCUCGUCUUCACAUGAAGCAGCUCGCCAUGCACUCUGAACCACAGAGUCACAAAGCAGCAGCCUGCCCGGCUAAGCUAAGGGGCACUCAGAUGAGCAGGCACACUUCACACUUGGUUGCAUUACGCAAACAGACUGGUUGGCAGUUAACUCCUAAUAAUUGGAAAAACGAUGCACACCUUAAAUAUUCUAAACGUGUUUUUUUGUCCCUUAAGUAUUGAACAUGACAUGUUUCUAUUUGAUGGCCGAGAAACUCCUCUUAACACUCAUUUAUUUAUUCAUUCAUUCUUUACGCCAGACUCAUUACUUUUGCUCAUGAAAAGCAGCCAUCUACACAUGUAAAUCAUUACACAGUCUAACAAUGGAAAUUAAAAUAAUAAUAAAAAAAGGCAACAUUUAAUUACAUAAUUAGAUGAUAUUCAAGCAGAAACAGUUACAAUAAUUUUGGUGCUUGUGUAUAAAGAACUCAUUUAUUUAGUCUAACUAGGAUCAUUUCAAUGCAAGACUUUUCAAUUAAGUGUAAUUAAUGAUUUUUUGAUUUUAAUGGCGUUAUCUGGACUUCCAGGCUUUGAGAAGCUUUUUCUUGUGCUGUAAAUGGUGCCUAGUCUGAAACAAAAGAUGUAUAAAAUAAGGGUUUUGCUUUAUUUUCAACAACAAUGUGAUUGAAUACACUCUCUAAGAGACAUGGAGAUAUUAGAAAUCAUAAAUUAGUGUGUACAAAGUUAUCAAGAAUGCUUCUCUACAUGACAGCAGUGUGUUCAUCUUUAUUUGCAAUAAAAUAUUAUUAGAUGUGGAAUAAAA